CAUUCAUAAUAUAUUUUGCCUAGCUGGCAUUUGAGUUUAAUGGCGACAUUUUUCCGAACAAAUUUCUCUUUUUAAAAUUUUUAUCAGUAAAUCCGCAUUUAGCCGGAUUAAUAAAUUUGAUCGGCAUCGAUACGAUUCAUUUGAUCUGCACCGGCCUGCACCCGUGAAUUAAUUUUCUAAUUAAAUAUGUUUGGAUUUUUGUUAUUUUUAUUUUAAUAAUUAUUAUAAAAAAUUUAAAUUAAUAAUUUUGUAUAACUUUUGUUAAAUUAUUUUGAGUUUUUGCCAUCUGCGAUAUUUUUCCUGCCUUAAGAGUCCUUCCCAUAGCGGAACAGUCAGUAAGAGAAUUUAAACGGCUUCCAGAAAAGGUAGAUCAUAUCAUCAAUUGAUUGACAUUCAUCAAUAUUACAGAAAGGUAUUAACUAACUAACUGACUAAACAGCAUCUAACAAGGAUGACAUCUUCCUCGUCAACGAACCCAUCCUUCGAAACAACUUCUGCUCCAAAGAAAAACUGGUCCCUACAGACAAAUGCCAUCCAAUCAAAUCCAACUACAGUGGCUAUAAAUAACCCUGCUCGAAUUCCCUAUCCUUUAAUUAGAGUGGCCACUCCGAUGAACAUUUUGGCAUUUGGCAGUUUUCCUCCGACGCCUAUCGCAAUGAAUGCAACUUCGACAAAGGUGCAUAAGAGCACCAUCCAACGGUCUUCCUCUGUCUCCUUCGACCAAACGACGACAACCGGCCAGCAGUCCAGCAGCAACAACAACAAAUCUUCAUCAUCAUCAUCUGGCCAACAUCACCAUCACCACCACCAUCAUCACCACAACCAACACCCGCCACCAGCGUCAUCAUCAUCAUCAUCGGCUGGCCUGUUUAGUGACCAGCUGAGCAAGACCAACCUUUACAUCAGGGGUUUGAAGCCGGAGACCAGUGACAAGGAUCUGCUCAAUAUGUGCUCCCAGUAUGGAUCAAUCUCUUCAACCAAAGCAAUCAUAGACCAAGCUACGGGGAAGUGCAAAGGGUACGGAUUCGUGGAUUUCAGCAACGAGAAAGGAGCAGAGCUGGCUGUGAAGACUCUUCAGAGUAAUGGCAUACAAGCCCAGAUGGCUAAGCAACAGGAGCAGGAUUCGACCAACUUGUACAUAGCCAACCUUCCGGAUUACUUCAACGAAUCGGAUUUGGAGCAGUUGAUAUCGUCGGUGGGUAACAUCGUCAGCACGCGAAUCCUCCGAGAAGUCAGUGGAAAGAGUCGGGGCGUGGGCUUCGCUAGGCUGGAGAGCAGGGAAUGCUGCGAGAAGGUCAUCCAGGCUUUCAAUCGAUCCUCGCUGCCUAGUUAG